UUUUUUUUAUCCGAAAGUCGCGGUGCUGUGCGGGGCAAACGGCUCCAAAGGGUGGCAUUCAGGUGUAAAACGCUCCUUUCCACAGCUCGGCUUUGAUGUGCUCAGGUCCGCUUUGUUUCCCUCUAGGUCAGUUGUAGGUACGUGUCACAAAGAGCCAGAUCCGACUGAGUAAAUCACUUGUGGAAGUUAAUUGUUCACAGUGAAAGCUGGUCUGGCUCAUUCUGCCUCCGUCGCAGGAAGAGACAGAGGUGGUGCUGGAUCUGCUCUCUGAACCCAGCCUUGACAGCGGCUUUAACUCUGAUCCGAUGUCUCUCUUCAGGGCAUUAAAGAAAACCUGCUCACUAAUCAAAAAGAGCCUCUUCUCUAGAGAAACGACUGAAGCAGUGAGAAUGGAAACCACGAAGAUCAACAUGUCCCGUGUCCCUCUGGUGAACGGGGGCAUCGACUCUGCCAUGCUCAAGGCACACAAACCCCGGGUGAUGUCCAAGAGCGGCCACAGCAACGUGCGGAUCGACAAAGUCGACGGCAUUUACCUGCUCUACCUCCAGGACCUGUGGACUACAGUGAUUGACAUGAAGUGGAGGUACAAACUCACCCUGUUCGCUGCUACUUUCGUCAUGACCUGGUUCCUCUUCGGGGUUAUCUACUACGCCAUCGCGUUCCUCCACGGGGACUUGGAGAUGAACAAGUUCUCCCCGAAGCGCGAGCCGUGCGUCAAGAACGUGGACUCUCUGACUGGGGCUUUCCUCUUCUCCCUGGAGUCCCAGACAACCAUUGGCUACGGGUUCCGUUUCAUCACGGAGGAGUGCCCCCACGCCAUCUUCUUGCUUGUGGCCCAGCUGGUCAUCACCACCCUGAUCGAAAUCUUCAUCACAGGUACCUUCCUGGCCAAGAUCGCGAGACCCAAAAAGAGGGCAGAGACUAUUAAAUUCAGCCACUGUGCCGUCAUUACUAAGCACAACGGGGAACUUUGCCUGGUGAUCAGAGUGGCAAACAUGAGGAAGAGCCUCCUGAUACAGUGUCAGCUGUCUGGGAAGCUUCUCCAGACCUAUGAAACCAAAGAGGGGGAGAGGAUCCUGCUGAACCAAGCCAGCGUCAAAUUCAACGUUGACUCCUCCUCAGAGAGUCCCUUUCUCAUUUUGCCUUUAACCUUCUACCACAUUUUGGACGAGAGCAGCCCCUUGAGAGAUCUCACACCUCAGAACCUCAAGGAGAAGGACUUUGAGCUCGUGGUGCUCCUGAAUGCCACGGUGGAGUCCACCAGUGCCGUCUGCCAGAGCAGGACUUCCUACAUCCCCGAGGAGAUCCACUGGGGCUACGAGUUCGUGCCUGUGGUUUCCCUCUCUCCAAAUGGAAAGUACGUUGCGGAUUUCAGCCAGUUCGAGAAGAUCAGGAGGAGCACAGAUUCCACUUUUUACAGCAUGGACUCUGAGAAGCAAAAACUAGAGGAGAAAUACAGGCAGGAGGAUCAGAGGGAGAGGGAACUGAGAACGAUGCUGUUGCAGCAGAGCAAUGUUUGAUUGAAUGGACAAACUAUUCUGAUUAAUCCUUUUUGCAAACUGAAAAAAACAAACAAACAAACACACUCUCUGUGCUGAAUGUCUGCUAUGAAACCAGCAGGGAAGUCCUUUUUUAGCUUUGGUGCACAGUAAAUCAAUCCCUUUGGCCGAGUGGUUAAUCAAUUACUUUUUAAUUAGGCAGGAUUUCUUUGUGCACCACCACGACUUAGCAAAGUCGGAUUUGUGUUGAGCCUGUGCCUUCUACCACCUCUGAGAGCAGACACAGCACUUUCCUUUUUGGAAAGUGAAACUGGAUGCACUGUGCUAAUUCCUCCAAAUAUUUAUUUGACGUGGUUUUACUGUGAACGCUCACUGGCAGAGACGGCACACACGGCACUGCUCCUUUAAAAUAUGUUUAUUUAAAAUGUGUAUUCUCCUACCAGGCAUUGCCUCCCCGGGGGGAUUCCUGGCACUGAAAGUAAGUUGAGUGGAAGAGGAAAAAAAAAAAUGGCUGGAUGUGGGAAGAGCCUGCAGGGAGGGGUUAAAAUCCUUGAAUCUUGAAGGAGGGUGACAGAGUAGUGCUGAGCGGAGAGGAAGAGAACUCGCUCUCUGUCUCUGCUGCUCAGAGCUUGUUUUGUGAUUGUUUUAUGAUCACUCACUUUUUUAACCUUGCUAAUGCCUGAUUUAUAUAUAAUAGCAAAAAAAAAAAAGGGGGGGAGAUGAGGGCAAGAUGCACAGAAUCAUGACAGUGAUCAACUAAGGUGACAGCUGGCUUUGAGACACCUGGUUUUUCAUCCAGUGUAAAUAGUUUAUAACAGCAGCAUAACAAUACAAUCCUACAGAUUGCUUGCUUUGCUAUGGACCAUAUUUAAUUCUGGUUAAAAGAAAGCUGUGUAAUGUCUCUACACAAUAUUUACUUCUUUUUUUUUUUUUUUUUCUGGCAACCAUAAAGGACAAGCAUUCCUUUUAUCCAUUUCAUUUUUUUUUUUUUUUUUUGGUCUAACUGAAACCAUUCCAUUAAUAAAGGAAUUAAAUUCGAGUAGUU